CCCUUCUUCUUAUACAUAAGCUUCCGAUCAUUCCCUUGUCUCUCUCUCUCUCUCUAUCUCUUCUCUCUCUCAUAUUUCAGAUACCCCAGAAAAGCUUCGAAUUUUGAGUUUCGCAGUUUACUGGACUGUUCGAUCGGUCGAAGCGGAGGAAAACUAAUUAAAGCAGAGCUGAAGAAGAUGUGUUUCGUUCAGGAGAAUAGGCAGUCUUCGAAAAUCCCUCCUCCGGCGGAGGUGCAGUGGGAGGGACUCGACAAGUCCAAGUUCUUCUUCCUCGGCGCCGCCCUCUUCUCUGGCGUCUCCUUCACUCUCUACCCCAUCAUUGUGCUCAAGACCCGCCUCCAGGUCUCCCCCAACGGAGCUUCCUGUUUUCAAACUGCUUUCGCUAUUCUCCGCCACGAAGGGCCCCGAGGUUUCUACCGCGGGUUUGGAACCUCGUUGGUCGGAACAAUCCCCGCUCGGGCUCUCUACAUGGGAGCCCUCGAGGUCACCAAGAGCGCCGCCGUCUCGGCGGCGGUAAACCUGGGUUUCUCCGCCUCCGCCACGGCCACCAUUUCCAACGCCGUCGCGGGGCUGAGCUCCGCCACCGCAGCGCAGCUGGUCUGGACACCCGUCGACGUCGUCAGCCAGCGCCUCAUGGUUCAAGGCGCCGCCAUCCCCACCGCCGCCAUUUCCAGGUACAACGGCGGGGUCGACGCCGUCCGGAAAAUCGUCUCCACCGAGGGCGUGCGAGGGCUCUACAAAGGGUUCGGGUUCUCGAUUCUGACCUACGCUCCGUCGAACGCUGUUUGGUGGGCGUCGUACUCGGCGAUGCAGAGGCUGAUCUGGAGCGAGAUUGGGGGAGUCCGGGACGGCGGAGGUAGGUCGAUCGAUGUGGCGGUCCAGGGCGUGAGUGCGGUGGCGGCGAGCGGGUUGGCGGCGCUGGCGACGAUGCCGCUGGACACCAUCAAGACGAGAAUGCAGGUUCUGGAAGGCGUCGGAAAUGGAGUCAGCCAAACAGUGAAGAGUCUCUGGACGGAAGGCGGAAUUAGAGCAUGCUACCGAGGCCUUGGGCCGAGGUGGGCUUCGCAGUCUCUCUCGGCAGUCACCAUGGCCACCACCUACGAGUUCCUCAAACGCCUCUCUGCAAAGAAUCACGAUUCAAGACAGAUGAUCCCAGCAUCCGCAUCAGCAUCGACUAUCGGUUCGGUGAAACAUAUGUGAUGAUAACAAUCUUUUUCAUCACCGUAGCUAGCUGUGCAGUAUCAUUUUGAUAGCAAAUUCCAAGCGAAAUUCUAGUCUAAAGUGAGGCAUGAAACUCGGUUCUUCUUCUCACUCGGGAAAGUAGAUAGAAUUGCGCAAUGCGGGAGGAAGCCAGGACAGCGACGCAGCGUCCAGCCCAGCGGCGGUGGAUCGCGUGAAACCGAUAGCUGCAACUGAUUGUGUUUGUAUGUAGUAGUAGUAAGUGUUGUUGAUAAAACAAUGGGCUGGAACUUUUGGACACUGUUUGUCUGUCUGUUUGCAAUGUUCAUUGAUGUCAGCUUCUUUGUAUGCUUUUUCUGUUUUUCAGUGCCCAAACAAACACCUAAAAACUGAGGGC